ACUCCUUAGCUCCCGUCCAUUCCUCCCCGUCGCCAGCUCACAUCCCCUCCGGCUCCGGUUUCUCUCCCUCCCCGAUUUCUCCCCUCUCUCCGCCCUUCACCGCCGGACCCGGCAAUGGACGUCCGCCGGAGGCCCCCGAAGCCUCCCCGGUCCUCCACCGCCGCGCAAGGGGCUACGCUCCACCAGCACCGCCGCAGCAACCACCAGAGAAGCUCGUCGUCCCCCGCCGCCCUCGAUCCCCCUUCUCCCAAAGCCUCGGACGCGCUCCCGCUCCCUCUGUACCUCACCAACGCCAUCUUCUUCACCCUCUUCUUCUCCGUCGCCUACUACCUCCUCCACCGGUGGCGGGACAAGAUCCGCAACUCCAUCCCGCUCCACGUCGUCACCUUCCCCGAGAUCGCCGCCAUCGUCUCCCUCAUCGCGUCCUUCAUCUACCUCCUCGGCUUCUUCGGGAUCGACUUCGUGCAGUCCUGCAUCUCCCGAACCUCGCACGACGCCUGGGACCUCGAUGACCUCAUCGACGAGCAGCCACCCUCCAACCUCUGCUGCACCAACGCCAUUUCGCCACAACCUCCGAUGCCCAAGCUAAUCGACCCUGAACCGAUUGUCUCCACCAUCUCCUCAGCUGAGGAUGAGGAGAUUGUGAAAUCAGUCAUCGAUGGGACGAUCCCAUUCUACUCUCUCGAGUCCAAGCUCGGGGACUGCCACCGCGCUGCCUCGAUCAGGCGCGAGGCGCUGCAGAGGAUGACCGGCCGGUCCCUCACUGGGUUGCCGCUUGAUGGGUUUGACUACGAGUCUAUUUUGGGGCAAUGUUGCGAAAUGCCGGUGGGUUAUGUUCAGAUUCCAGUGGGAAUCGCGGGUCCGCUGCUGCUCGAUGGGUUUGAGUACUCGGUCCCGAUGGCCACCACUGAGGGGUGCCUCGUGGCUAGCACGAACAGGGGGUGCAAGGCGAUCCAUGUGUCCGGUGGGGCCACGAGCGUGCUGCUGAGGGAUGGAAUGACCAGGGCGCCAGUUGUCAGGUUCGGCUCCGCGAAGAGGGCUGCGGAGUUGAAGUUCUUCUUGGAAGAUCCCGUCAAUUUUGAAACCCUCGCCGUUGUCUUCAACAGGUCAAGUAGGUUUGGUAGGCUCCAGGGUAUUCAAUGCGCUCUUGCUGGGAAGAAUCUUUACAUGAGAUUCAGCUGCAGCACGGGUGAUGCCAUGGGGAUGAACAUGGUGUCAAAGGGAGUCCAGAAUGUGCUGGAUUUCCUCCAAAGUGACUUUCCAGACAUGGACAUCAUUGGAAUUUCUGGCAACUUCUGCUCCGAUAAGAAACCUGCUGCCGUGAACUGGAUCGAAGGGAGGGGGAAAUCAGUUGUUUGCGAGGCAGUAAUCAAGGAGGAGGUGGUAAGGAAGGUGCUGAAAACGGAUGUAGCUGCCUUAGUUGAACUCAACAUGCUGAAGAAUCUCACAGGUUCAGCUGUAGCUGGCGCUCUUGGUGGAUUCAAUGCUCAUGCGAGCAACAUCGUGUCUGCCAUAUAUAUUGCCACUGGCCAGGACCCAGCCCAAAACAUUGAGAGCUCUCACUGCAUUACUAUGAUGGAAGCUGUCAAUGAAGGAAAGGAUCUCCACGUCUCUGUCACCAUGCCUUCUAUCGAGGUUGGCACAGUCGGAGGGGGGACCCAGCUUGCAUCUCAGUCUGCUUGUCUGAAUUUGCUUGGCGUGAAGGGAGCAAGCAAGGAGUCACCCGGAGCUAACGCGCGGCUCCUGGCCACUAUUGUGGCAGGGGCAGUCCUUGCAGGCGAGCUGUCCCUCAUGUCCGCAAUUUCUGCGGGGCAGCUCGUGAGGAGCCACAUGAAGUACAACCGAUCUAGCAGGGACGUGACCAAAGUCGCCGCCUAACUGAAGGGGCGAAAAAAGGAUUCGGUCCUCCGGAAAAUCAAGCGAAUGGAGACGUAAUAAUGUGAUUAAACGAUAAACAGAAGGCCUAGUUCUCAGAGCUGAAUCCUCCAUGUGAGUUCCCCUUAUGUCUCUCUCAUUUAGCUGUAAAUGCCUUAGAAAGAAAGAACAGCCUCACAUGGGCUAGUCGUGUACUGCUUGGCUCCUCCCUCCUCUCCCCUCAAACGAGCAUAUCUUAAACCAGCCGCACCCAUGACCGUGAAGGCCGUAGCCGCCCCUGCCAACCCCGAGUUGUCUGUAAUUCUGUCAGUGACUGUGUUGUGUGUUAUUAAUUGUUCGAGAUUUUUUUUUUAAAUUUUUUUUGUUUCCUUCGGUAGCUGUCGUUGCAUCUGUACUGUUGUUAUAUAUGUACUGUAGUUGCGAUGUUUUGUGCAGUUGGGGACCAUAUUUUGAGUGUUUUUGGAACUGCUCUGAUUGAUCGUAUCAAUUUGGGGGAACCAUUCUCUUCUCUGUGAGAUUUCAUUUAUAUUUCUUCA